AUGGGCGACGCGCAUUGCUCCAUUUCGCUUUGCUCUCUCGAACAAGUUCUUGAAGGUGUAGCAGCAGCAUCGCGAGCGCCGGAGGAAUAUCUGAAGCCCGUUGCUAAGUGGCUCUCGCAGUUUCACAGGGACAACCAGGAGGCCAUCACUCGUCCGCUUCACGGCUGGCGCUCCGCUUUUGACGUCAAUUUGUCGUUCGGAGGGCCCCGAGAGGUCAUGAACCUCACGCUUGCUGUUGCCUUUCUGCGUGGAAGUUGCCGCCAGUCGCUGUGUGUAAGCGCACGCAACCUUGACCUCGUCUGGGAUCUGAUCUACACGGCACUGGGUAGCCGCCAUCUCUCGCGGCCACUUUGCGCGCCGUUUCGCAGCGCCCAGGGUUUUCUUGCCGUGCCUCUCUGCAGCCUUUUAAAGGACGGGAACAUCGACGAACUAUUCCGUCUGCAUGUCUGGUUGCCGGACGGCCAUCGCGGAAACGACAGCUUUGCCAUCCAUUCGCACCAGCCUCUCGGUCAGAGCUGGAUCCUGGCUGGCGAAGGAAUCGACCACUCAUACCAGGUUGAUGAAAGCGAAAAUGCCGCAUGCAGCACCCAUGCCACGUACGAGAUUGCCUGGAGCGAUGGAAAGGGCCGAGAUGCGGCCUACAAGACACAUCAGACUUACUCGAUCGUGCAAAACACCGGAACACGUGUGCGCGCAACGCUCACCUCAUCACAAGCUCACUCUCGUGACAUGACCUACACCGUUCCCGCCGGCGCGUUCCAUACAACAAAAGUGGCACCUGAGACCAUGCAUGCCACCUUGUUUUUCUUCGAUUCCCACCGCGGUUUUACACGGCGUGCCCCCGUGCUGGGCCCGCCGGACGCCCAGUCUUUUAAGCAGUUUCGUGACCCUGCGGGUAUUACGGCCAAAAUGCUUGUCGAACGGGUCCAGCUACUUCGCAGGUGGGAGCUCCUCGUUCAGAAAGGACGGCACUCCGCCAAGACGUCCGAGUUGGAGUUCGCUUUGGUUGCCUUCAAUGACGCGCUCAGUUUGUGCGAGUCGAGCGAAGAGUUUCCGAACCCGGCCUACUACAGGCGCCUUGUUCUCAGCGAGCUUGGGAACUUGAACCGGCGGCUUGGGAGGUAUCAGAAAGCGAGAGAUAUUCUGGAGGCAGUCAUUGCUGAAACAGAGCCGAGCUUGCAGCAGAUUGAGAUGUGUGGCGAGCUGGGCGUCGUGUACCGCCAUAUGAAUCUCCUCGACGAAGCAAAACGCGCGUUCGAGAUGCAGUACCACACAGCGAAGGAGCUUGGGUCGGAGGAGGCAAUGUGUAGGGCUAUUGGGAACCUGGGUAUGGUCAAUUUCCAUUUGUCACAGCGCACAUUACAGUUGGCUACUAAGCAGUUGAAGGAGCGGAUCGAGAGGGCUCGACAGAUCAGAGAGACUUCUAGUCGUAAUGGGAUAGACACGAAGACCGACACUGGAAGACUGGCCUUUGCCGCGACUCAGGAGAUCGUCGGCCACGCUCGUCUGUCUUUGUGUCAUGCCGCCCAAGGCAAAACAAGAGAGGCCGUCGCCUCGGCACUUGCGUCCCUGAACCUUUCAGUUGACAUGGAGGCCACUCAAAAAGACUCGACACUCAUCGCCUUCUCGAGAUUCUUCUACGGCCGAGCGUUACUUCUGGACGGGCAAUGCGAGGAAGCCCUCAAACACUUCAACCCACCUGGGCCGUCCUGCACCCCCGCAAUGGCCAUGUGUAAGGAGCCAUCGGACGAGCAUCGCCAGUACCUUGAGGAUCUAGUCAACGCCGGCGCCGACAUGGACCUCCUUGACGAACAAGGAUACACCGCGUUAGACUACGCCGCGUUCAGCGGUGACACAGCGUCCGAGGCGCUUGUGCUGGAGGGCCUCCGUCGUAAACACAGCGCGGACCCUGACAUUGAAGACAAGCUCAGACAACGCCACGCAGAUGCGCGGCUCCGGAGAAGGUACCGCGAGCUGUUCCAAGAGAAAAUGCGGCCCAUUCUCCUCCGGCACCGGGGCGCAGACGCCUUGCCGAAGCUUCGGCGCGUGUAUGCCGAAACGCUCUCUGCAGAGCCGGAGAGCGGCCGCAUUUUUGAUCGGCUCAAAUUUAUGCGGUGGCCUGACUUUGCUCGCCAUGGAGAGCUUCUACGAUCAAGCGAGAUCAAGACAAAUCAUCUAACAACAAGCUCCGUUGGCACCGAGGCUGAUUUUGUCAUUUUCUUUUCUUACCGCUGGAUUAACAAGGACAGAGCGGCAACUUCGCCCGACGAUGCGAACAAGACACAGUACCGGCGCAUGAAGUCGGCAGUCGAGGAGUUUCUCAAAUUACAUCCUACUGUAGAUCCGGAAACAUUAGGCAUUUGGGUGGAUCACACCUGCGUGAACCAGGACGAUCCAAUGCCCGGUGUCAAUGCCCUACCGAUGAUCCUCGCACAGUGCAACGCCCUGAUUAGCCUCGUCGACGACCUCUAUUAUACACGCGCCUGGUGUGCUAUCGAAGCCAUAAUGAUCCAAAAACUGAAGCGGGCGUACGACAUACACCUGUGGUACGAGCAGGUGGCUACUUCGCCACCGGAUGACAGCAUGGUCGAGCAUGAAGCGAGGAAAUGGAGUCUGCGGGAAGGCCCCCUGGACGUGGAGAUUACCAUGGCGGAUAAGCGUCUGACCUUCGAGGACGACCGGCCCAAGGUCCUGUUUUUGGAGAGACAGAGCAAGCUGUUAGCAUGA